AUGGGCAGUGGCUGUGAAGAUGAAAACUGUGGCCUUGCAUCUGGAUUCCCGGAGGACUGCUCGACCCAAGAGUGCCAGUCGGAGGAACCUAUGUUUGGAUUAAUUGAGUUAGUGUGUGUGACUGUCAUUUACAUUCCACUGAUGCUCCUCGGCCUUCUGGGAAAUAUACUAACAAUUCUGGUGGUUUGGCUCCGACCUCACAUGAGAAGCUCAACCUACCUCUACCUGAGCAGCAUGGCUGUCAGCGAUCUGUUGAUACUCCUACUGCUGCCUCUGGAUCUGUAUAAGCUGUGGAGGCCCAGACCAUGGCCCUUAGGAGACCUUGCCUGUAAGCUGACAAUGUUCCUCUCAGAGUGCUGCACCUUCUGCACCAUCCUCCAUAUCACCUUCCUCUCCCUGGAGAGGUACCUGGCCGUCUGCUGGCCAAUCACAGCCAAGACAAUGGUGACACGCCGCAGAACGAGGGCUCUCAUUGGCUGCCUCUGGCUGGGCGCGGCCGUCAGCGCAGCACCAGUGUUGCUCAUGGUUGGAGUGGAGGACGUUGGGGGAGAGGAGCUGGGGCUUGGCGGAUGGAGGGAGGACAGAGCAUGGACAGGCGGGGAAGGUGAACGGGGAAGUAUGGUGACAGGUGCAGGGGAAGGAGGAAGUGGACACAUGGCCUCAAUGGAUAGAGGAUUAGAAGGCAUAAAGUUGGGAGAAAAAGAGAAAAGGAGGUGGGAUGAAAAGGUUAGGGAUUUAAAAUGUUUUGGAGAGAAAGAAGAGAGAGGUGUGGGAAUGGAAGAAGGAGAUGAGUGGAAACAAGGAGAUGGAGGAAAAAUGAAACAAGCAGAUGAGGGAGGAGGUGAAGAGGGAGGAGGGAUGGAAGUUGGGGGAGAUCGGCAAAAUAAAACUAAAGAAGACAAGGGAGGAGGAAGGGAGAAAGGCAUUGAUGGAGGAGAGAUUGACAAGAGAGAGUGCCGCUGCACACACUACGCCGUCUCCUCCGGCCUGCUGUCAGCCAUGAUGAUACUCUCCAACUUGUACUUCCUGGUACCUCUCUGCAUCCUGGGACUGGUCUACAGCCUGAUUGGACGAACACUGUGUCUCCGUCCACAAAGUAGCCGCAGAGACCAGAGUCACCGACACACUGUCAAAAUGCUGGGAGUGAUUGUCUUGGCUUUUAUUCUGUGCUGGCUGCCCUUCCAUGUGGGUCGGACAAUUUUCUCUCUUUCUCUGGGCUCCAGUUCUGACAUUUUAUACUAUCUGUCUCAGUAUUUCAACCUGGUGUCCUCUGUCCUCUUUUACCUCAGUGCUGCCAUCAAUCCUUUACUGUACAACCUGAUGUCUGCCAGGUAUAGACAUGCUUGUAGGUACACUUGCAUCAGGUCAGGCAACGUUGAGGAUCGCAGACGCAGUUGUCGGCCAAGGAAGCUUGCAGCAGAUGAAAAACACAUCAAGCUUAUUUUCCUUCAAAAUGGGAAGAUGUCCAGCAGUGACAUUAGCUCAGAACUGACAGGAACCAGUGGGACCCAGGAAAAGGACCUACAGAUACAUGACUCAGGUAACUAUAAAACAGGAUCAGGAGAUGGCAGGGCCGCCGACAGGACAUCGGAGGUAGGAGUCAGUCGAGCCGCUGACACUACAUCGGGGGCAGGAGUCGGACGAGCCGAACAGGAGUCACUGCGACGCCAGGCUCCGGCAAAGUCUCUGGGACGCCGGACGCAGACUCUGGGAGGCAGGUCAACAAAGGCUCUGGGAGGCUGGUCCGCUGAAGCUCUGGAAGACUGGUCAGCUGGGGCUGGAAGCUAG